AUGUCGCUGCUGGCAGUCGGCACCUUCAAUACGAACGAGCUUUUCACCGUUCGCUUCGAUGCUGACAAGGAGACUCUAGAACUGCUCAACGUUUCGGAAGCCAAGGGCAAUCAUUCGUGGCUAUCCACCGCUAGUAUCCCCAAAGCUGCCAAGGGCGAUGAUGCUGCAGCAUCGCCAACGCACUUGUAUGCAACAUGCUGGACUCAACCUCCUAGCGUCGCUUCCUACACAAUUGAGCGCGACGCUGCUGCGAGCAGUGCGCAGUUCGAGUUGCUCAACACCGCAGAGACGGCUGCAAGGUCGGGCUACGUCUACGUCGGCUUCCCCGAAAAGGCCACGCAUCCCGUUCUAUACACAUGCGGAGGACCGACAGGCGAAGUGAUCGGGAUCGAUUCCGAAACAGGUGCAUUCGACUUGGAGGGAAGUAAGCACGACUCGAUCGUUGCAUCCCACUCACCUUCGGAUGGCGUCACGGGCGUCGGAUCGGCCGGUCGUAUCCAAGAGAUCGACUUUGUCACGGGCGAUUGCUCCUUGCCGGGCAAAACGCUCGCCGAGACGAGGGAGCUGAGAAAGAAAGAGCUGCAGACAAGUUCUGACAAAGGGGACGGAACCACCUCAACCGGCAAGCUUGAUGCUUCCAACGGCAAGAACGCCAUGGACUUUGGUGGACUGCGCCAUGGCUCGCAUGGUAUCGACCUCUCCCCGGAUGGAAGUGUCUGCUACGUCCCCGACAUUGGUCGAAACUGCGUCUGGACCAUGGAUGUCGAUCCAUCCAACGGCGCUCUGAGUCUCGGCGAGAAGAGCGUAGCGCCACGCAGUAACGACGGACCACGCCACACCAUCUCGCAUCCGGACGGACGCUACAUCUAUAGCUUGCAAGAGCACAGCUCGAUGGUCGACGUCUUUGAGCUCAUCAAAGAUGCGAAAGGAACACGAUUGGAGUGGAGACAAGGGGUCAAAAUCAUUCCACAGAGCGACGACGCGAGUCUCUACUGGGCGGAUGAGGUUCGCCUGUCUUGUCCGGUGCCGAAUGCCGAUGGUACCUAUCCGCGCUACAUGUUCGCAUCCACUCGAGGUUUGGCCACAGGAACGAAGGGAUGGGUUGCCGUUUUCCUGCUCGACAAGAACGGGUUGGUUGUGUCGCAGCGCCGCGACGCUGAUCAUGACCUCGGCGAUGCAUUGUGCUUGUGGCAAACCCCCACAUCUGGUGGGUGGGCCAACGCAAUCGAGCCUGCUCCCACACUGCUCGGUGGGAACAACGCGAAACAUCAGUAUGCUGUGCUGACCGACAGCGAGGUGGGUCAGGUGCGUAUGCUGCGGCUUGAUGUGGAGGACCCAUCUCACCCACAAACAGUCUCGAUCAAUGAAGUUGCCACACUCGACCUUGGCAAAACGGCCAACGGCAAACUCAGAGAAGCUGCCACGGCGGUCUGGAUUUAG